AUGAGCAUGGAAUGGCAUAAAAUCAGAAAAGAACUAGAAGAUAUCAAUCAAAUAAAAAUUCCAAGAUGGUUUGGAAGUAGCCGGAAUGAAAGCAUUGAGUUACAUGGGUUUUGUGACGCGUCUACAAAAGCUUAUGCUUGUGUAAACUCAAUAAGCUGCAAAAACAAUAAGCAACCACGCAACUCUAAUCAACAGCCCUCGAUCGUGAUAGCAGCGGCAAAAGCUAGACUAGUUCCUGUCAAAAAGACUGUGACCCUCCCGCGUUUAGAACUAACUGCAUGUCUUUUGCUAUCAAAGCUUAUGAAGACAGUUCAAGACAGUCUAUCUGGCCAUCAUAUCACUGUGUUUGGGUGGACAGACUCUACAGCAGCACUUGGUUGGCUCCAAGGUGAUCCUAACCGCUGGAAAGCAUUCGUAGCGAACAGGGUUCAACAAAUAACUGUAGUAAUGCCUGCAGAAUGCUGGCAGCACGUCAAAUCAGGUGACAACCCAGCAGACUGUGCGAGCAGAGGCAUCUCAGUAGAUCAACUGAAACAGCAUCCAUUGUGGUGGACUGGGCCGUCGUGGUUACAGUCAUUUACACAAAAUCAAGAACCAGCUGAACGUCAUAUCUACGUCACUGAUGAAGAAAUUAAAACAUCAUUACUAUCAAACGUCGCGACGGAGCAACGCGCCGACAUCGUAAAUGACAUAAUACAUAAGUACAGCAGCAUUACACGCGCCACUCGAGUGCUGGGCUGGGUACUGCGAGCCGUAACACGCAACCGACCCAAGCAAUCUUAUCUAUCAAUCGAGGAACUUGAGAGAGCAAAAAUCAAAAUUGUAGAGAGAGUUCAACAAACAGAAUUCACCUCCGAAAUCAGCAGCCUACGAAAUCAAGACAAGUUAUCCUCAAAGAGCAAGAUUUUUAACUUAAAUCCAUAUAUAGAUCAUACUGGGUUGUUAAGAGUCGGUGGACGGAUUAAACAUGCUAAUAUUGAUGAUAGCAUGAAACACCCAUUGGUCAUUCCACACAGCAGUCAUCUGACAAACUUGCUAAUUGAUCAAGCCCACAGAGACACAUUCCAUGGAGGAGCCCGUCUAACUCAAGCUCGCCUGCGACAGCACUAUUGGAUUGUGGGGGGAAACCGAGCUGUGAAAAAGCAUCUACGUAAUUGCGUAACGUGCAGAAGACAUGAUCCACUUAAGCAAACACAGCAAAUGGGUGAUUUACCAGCCGCGAGAUCAAACCCAACAAGACCAUUCUACAACACAGGUGUCGACUUCACAGGCUGUGUAGACGUAAAGGCUAACAAAGGUCGCGGCGUCAAAACAACAAAGGGCUACAUUGCUGUAUUCGUUUGCAUGGUGACAAAGGCCGUGCAUUUAGAACUUGUUUCCGACCUAUCAGCAACAGCAUUCAUAGCAGCCUUGCGCAGGAUGGCAGCACGUCGUGGAGCACCACGUCAUGUCUACUGCGACAAUGGUACAAAUUUUGUAGGAACAGAAUUCUACAACAAAACUACAUCAACCUACAAAAAAAACUCGACGACGAGUUCUUAA